CAUGGUGCAGAACCUGGAACUACGCCUAUGUGUUCAUUGCAAAAGACCAACGCAAAGUGAGGUAGUGAGCCGUACCAUCUGCAAGCGUGCUAUGCAGUCAUGGGUUCCGGCGUGUAAAGAUAGGAUAGACACAGCUGUUUCGCGUUACUAUCAUCCCACGAAUGAGCAUCAUCGGACAGAGGACGACGCAGUCUGAUGGUUGCGAGCUAUAUUCGAACUAUUUGAGGUUAGCGGAAAUACUGAUGGUUUUGGACAAAAAGAUUAUUUCAAUUCGAAUCCUGUAAUACGUGGGCCUAUGCGCGUGGAAGAGGGCACGCGGCAUCUUACUUAUUCACGACUACAACUUAUUACAUGUACACUGGGGACAAGAAUUCGACGCCUCUCCAAAUGGAAGACAACACGUUCAUACGAGAGAGAAGAAGGCAAAUUGCUACGGAUGGCGGCAGUGGCCGCGAGCACAAAAGCCGGCAGAAACAUAAGAAGCCGAAGUUGAACAGCCAAAACACCACCAGCACAACAGGCAUCCGCGCAAAAUACGCGGAACCAGGGGGAAGUUCCUCGAUCCACACAGACCCUGCGUACAAGGGAAAAGGGGCGAGAUGGGGAGAUGCAACUUUGGUGACCGACUCAAUGAAGAAGGGCAGAUUGUACCAGCCCGCACCAAACGACAAGCAGGAAUUGGAUCGACAGGAAUUGAUAGGACUUUAUCAACACCGCCGGCACAAUGAUUCAGAUGAAUACGAAAGCUCAUCGGCUGAGACGGUAGAGAGCGCUCCUGGGGCCUCCGCGUCUUUUUCAUCCAUGACAGACCUGUUGUGGACGGACGUUACGAGGCGUCCAAAGGCAACCAGUCUAGAAGAAGAUGCAAUAGCUACGGAGACGUCGCUUGUGAUCAUAGCAGAGUUGCUUACAAGUGAACAGGAGUAUAAGCUGUCUCACCUAUCAAUUUAUGUUGAAAAGAAUCCACAACUCCUUAGCGCUCUGAUAGAGAGCCGUUGGGAAGCUACAAUAAACCGACAAGACAGACCACGACGCUUCUCUGUGCUACGAAAGCCUACUAAGGUAGGCUCAAGAAUUAUUUACGAUGAAAUCCAAAUGUACCGUACCCGUUGCGCAGCAGCUGCGCGCGCACUUAUUGCAGAAGUCUACCAAUUCUCUGUCUCGGCUGGCCACGUGGAGAAAACAGUCACUUCUGCACUACAUAACUUUUCCUUCCUGUCACCAUUCCCUGAAGAGCCAAAGAAAUGCAGGUUCUGCAGCGAGUUAUUUGUGAGAUUGGCAAGCAGGUGUCUGUUUGAGGUUCGGGUCCGGCGAGAUCCUCUUGCAACCUCAACGAUUGCACGGAGAUACUUUAGCGAAUUAACAAAGGAGAUGGCAGCUUUUUUUGGCUCACUGCUACACGAAGGCCUGCGGGAAUGGCAGAGCGGCACGAGGAAGUCAUCGCGUAUACAUAGUGAAGCGGCUGAAGCGGCGUACGAUGCAAUGCUACGAAUGUGGACUCGUAUGGAUGACUGCAGGUUGACAGUAACGAAGCGAUUGGCUUGGGAUAGGAUAGUUCAGCAUGCCAAAGGCACAGAGAGGGUAAUAAUCCUGCCGGAAGAUGACAACUACAGCGACACCUCGGACCUGAUCCAGCUCAUGACCGAAGCCGAAUAUCGGAAGUUCGGCAACCUUGUGCGCUCAACGUCGCAAGAUGGGAGUAAGCAGGUUGAGAGACAGCUGCCUACUGGCCCGAGGGAAGAUUUCAUGUUUUCACCUAACGAAAGCAUUCCCGAAUCGGCAACACCUUCCCAUCCGAUAUCUCUUUCUGCCGGCAACGACGAUAACAGCACAGUGGAACACAAUGACCCACAGUGGGAUCCCGCUGUAGCAACAAUCACGGACAACUAUGUACUGCAAGAAAGCAGAUCUGGGAGUAAAAGCAAUGCUUUUCAGGAAAUUCCAAGCGUUGGGGAGCCGCCUACAAGGGAAAGCUGCAAAGAACGACCUCUUGCUCUAAUAAUUGUGGGACGGAUGCGAGGGAGAGAGAAGGAGUGUCAAUAUUCUUACAAAGGAGGGCAACACCCUCUGGACACCCUGCUGGAAAAAUCAAGAGCACGCCUACGCUUGUUAGGAUGGAAAAAGCAACAAUUGUUUGCAAGUUAUUUUGUUGGAAAGGAAGAGCACGUUAUUGGGGAUGACGACGAUUUCUGGAGGAUGGUAAGAUGGGCAAGGAGUGAGGAAAGUCCCCGUGUUAUUGUGCAGACGGAGGAGGACCAAUUUGCUGAACCUGAACUUUAA